UGGGCAUCCACACAUCCGACAUCAUCCUACUCCAGCCGGGGCGUCCCUCAUAAUCAACGCGCUGCAGCGACGACGCCAUCGACAGCGACUCUGGCCGCUGCUGUGACUCUGGGGCCCGUCAUCGUUAGCAAUUUUUGCCAGGACAUUGCAACAGAAAACUGCUAAACGCGAAACAAGUUGCGGCGCUUUUUUCUGCUCCUCGGGUUCUCGUCUCCCUGUCCUGGCCUGUCCUGAAUCGAACUAAACUGAAUUGGACUGAACUGAACUGAACUGAGCCGUGCUGCCAGGAUCAGGCAGCUGGCAGCAGGCAGCGGGCAAGGCACAUCAGUAGGCAGUGCAAGGCAGGCAGGCAGGCAGUCGGCAGGCAGGUCGCCACUUCUCGCAGACUUCUUCGCAUCUGCAUAAAUCAAAAAACCCAGAGGCAGUACACAGAAGCAAAGGCAGCUUGCAGUUUUUGCCACCCCAAGAAAAAAAAAACAAACUCCAAACGAAAAGCAAAGAAAUCGAAGAGACAGAGACAUAGAAACAGAGAGCGAAGAUUGGGGCAAAAAAGAGUGCCAAGUGAAAUGUGAAAGUGAAAGUGUGUGCAAAAUGACUUGAAGUGCAAGACCAGACACCUACACCUAGCAAUCUACCACCCAUCCCAUCCCAACCACCCAGCCCGGCCCCCACUACGUAUACGCAAUGCUGCGGCCCAGGCACUCAUACGCCCCGUUGGCCCGCCAGCCAUUCGAACUAAGACUCGGGCUGGGGCUCGAGCACACCUCGCUGGCCAACAUGCCGUCUUGAGUGCACCGCCAACCGCCAGAAAACAAAAAACAAUCGCAUAGGGCUUGCGCCAAAAGACAAUGUAAACGCCGGCAUUAGAAUGUAGCGCAGUUUUUUCCUCAUUUCCCAAAACUAAACUAACAAAACCAGCCAGCCAACAACAAAUAACAAAAUAGACAAAGUUACAUUUUUACCAAUAUCGAUAAUAUUAAUCACUUGAUAAUCAGCGCCAGUCAAACGCAGCAUUUCGUUCGUAAACAACAACAACAAGCAAGCAACUAACAACAACAACUAGCAGCAACAACAAGCCAAAAGUCAAAAGUCAAAAGCCAAGAAGUAACCAAAUAAGCAGGCAAUACCAGUCAAUAAAGUCAGCAGAAAAGCAGAAAAACCCAGAAGAAGGAAGUAAUAAAGAUUGAGUAACUCCAGUUUCAGUUCCGCACCGAUUCCGAUUUGAGCCAAAAUUAAAGCGUCUGAAUUUGAUUUCGAUAUCGUCUGGCCCGUUCCGUCUUCAAGUCUCGGCCACAGGUUCGUCAUCGUCCCGACACACUCUCAGUUUCUACAAAUUCAGACGUAGAUCCUUAGUUAGUUCACCUUUUGUAUUGUGCAUUUCGGCCACAACAACUAUUUGGAAAAGAUCCAAGGGAAGUCAAAAACGCAGAAGAAGAAGCAGAAGAGCAGAAGUCAACACUCGAAAUCGAAAACUACGAAAUUACCUGAAAAUUUUUAAAACAACCAAAAAGUCUAUGAAUGCAACAAAAAUUACAUGCUAAAUUUUACAAGUGCAAAAUUUUCUUAUAAUAAUUUAUCAAAAAAGAAUAAAUAAAUUAAAAAAAAAAUUAUAUAAAAGAAGAUACAAAAAAAAACGGAACUAUAGUGAAGAAAUUAAUCAAAGUUUAGAGAGAACAUUAAACGCAAACGGAAUAUCAAAAAUUGUUGUGAUGUGAUAUUUUUUCGAUGUACUUUUAUUUGAGGGUUACACCAUAUCGAGAAGUUAUCCAAUGAGAAAGCCGCUUAAAUUUUGGAGGAUCUAUGAUGGACGACAGAGAAAAAUAAUGCUUUGUUUGUGAAAGAUUUUUUGAGCGCAAGCAAGGAUUAUUAAAACGAAAACCAAGCCAAACCAAACUAAAAAAAAACCCAAAAACGACAAAAAUUGACAAAAUACGAAUAAAACGAAUAAAAAUCUCAAAAUUCGGGCAAAGCAUCGAAAACACACUUUUGAGAAUCAAAAAUCAAAGCGAAAAUAUAAAACACAACAAACUGGAAAGGAGCAGAAAAGACCUAGAGAACGAGUACGAGAAGGGGAGUUAAACGAAGGGAAAUACAAAUCAAAUCUAAAUAAAAUUAAAUGCAAAGGACAUUCGCAUGUGUGUGGUGGUGGAAAGAAAAUUCAAAACAAAAUUCACAAUUAGAAAACGCAGGAAAAAACGUAGAAAACGCAGACACAAAUCGAGCGGCAACCAACUGUCAACAGCGGCAAGAAUUUUGAACUGGAACAUUUCGACCAAAAAGUUGGGCGACAGCAAAAUUUCAACGUUUGGCGCACUACAACAGCAACAACAACAACAACACAGCAGCAGCAAGGACAUCGCGGCCAGGCAGCCAGGAUUGCAGGAUUGCAGGAGCGAGCGGUUUUGAAAGCGCAGCACACAUCGAUAGGCCCCUCUUCAUCUUCUUCUUCAUCUCCCUUACACGGACUUAGACUCGGGCAAGGAUACGCUUAGAAAGCUAGAAAGCCUCAGCCAGGACUUAAACUUGAAAUCACGCAUACGCCGCGGCGAAUUCUCUCGCUCGCACUCCCUCCCUCUCUCUCGCACUCUCUCUCUCUCGUUGCCCAAAACGAAGGGGAAAAGCCCGGAGAAAAUUCAGCCAAUCCGAAGAAGCGGAGAGGGUGACGACUUAGGGUUGCUGAGGGGAAAGCAAGGCAAGCAGGGAAGGCAGCGAAAGCGGCGAAAGCAGGGAGAGAGCUGCUGCUGCUGGUGGGCAUCAUCUUAUGAUGUCAUCGGAGGAGUACGAGGCGGACUGUUUUGGUUUGUACAGCGAUGAGAACAACGUGCUGCUGAAGGCAACCGAGCCGGAGACAAUUGUCAAGCAACAGCAACAUCAGCAACACCAGCAACAUCUGCAACAGCAACAGCAACAGCAACCACCGCCGAGCAACCACAGCAACGGUCACACGUCACCAAUACCCAUACAACAAGUCAACGGCGACGGCAGCGCGGCGAAUUGCGGCGAGAGCGCCAAGACCACCAAUACCAAUACAACCAGCAGCACCCAUACAGAGGCAGACAAGGAGCAAGAGAAAGAGAAGGCAAAGGAGAAGGCCAACGAAGAGGAGGCCGCCGAGUCCGACGAUUCCGACGACGACGUCGUGGUUGUGCUCGAAGGCUGCGAAGGCAACGCCAGCAGCAGCAGCAACAGCAACAGCAACAGCAGCAGCAACAACAGCAGCAACGCCAGCAGCAACAACCACAAGGCAGCAACCACGACGACGACGACAGCAGCAACAACGACGACGACGACGACGACGGCGGCGAACGCGAAUCGCAGUGGCAGUCGCAGUCAUCGCAGCGCCCGCAAUAGUCGGCAAAUCAGUCAGUCAACGGCCGUCGGCAAGACAACAACGUGCGCGGCUAAAAAACCAACAGCAACACAGGCACUAGCGCCCACGCCAACCACAGUUAAGAACACGAACGUAAAUAACGGUGGCUCAAACGGAAACGGAAACGCGAACAGUAAAGUGAAUAGUCGUCGUUCGCGUCAAAGAUCCUUGAGCAAAGACAUUGCCAUUAACAUAAACCUAAACAAUCAGCAACAAAACAGUAAUAGUAAUAGCAACAGCAAUUGUAGCAACAACGGCGGAGCAACGGCAACCGCUGCUGGCUUCAUGAGUAGCGCUGCCGCGGCUGCUGCGGGUGCCGCUGGUGGAGGAGCCCUGUUCCAACCACAAUCGGUCAACAGCUCGGUCAAUAUUAAUAAUAAUAAUAAUAGUAACAACAACACCUUGGGCACUCCGGCUGCCACAGCCACCCACUCGCACACCCACUCGCCCAGCAGCAACUCACCCGUUUCGGGCGCCAGUUCGGCAUCGUCCUUGUUGACGGCCGCCUUUGGCAACCUGUUUGGUGGCUCCUCGGCCAAGAUGCUCAACGAGCUGUUUGGCCGCCAAAUGAAGCAGGCCCAGGACGCAACGAGUGGCCUGCCCCAGAGUCUGGACAACGCCAUGCUCGCCGCCGCCAUGGAGACGGCCACCAGUGCCGAGUUGCUCAUCGGAAGCCUGAAUUCCACGUCCAAGUUGCUGCAGCAGCAGCACAACAACAACAGCAUUGCUCCCGCGAACAGUACGCCGUUGAGUAAUGGCACAAAUGCCUCGAUCUCGCCGGGAUCGGCCCACAGUUCCAGUCACUCGCAUCAGGGUGUCUCUCCGAAAGGAAGUCGCCGUGUCUCCGCCUGCAGUGAUCGCUCCUUGGAGGCGGCAGCAGCCGAUGUUGCUGGUGGUUCACCACCUCGGGCAGCAUCAGUGAGUUCCCUGAACGGAGGAGCCAGCAGUGGGGAGCAACACCAAUCGCAACUGCAACACGAUCUGGUGGCUCAUCACAUGCUGCGGAAUAUCCUGCAGGGCAAGAAGGAGCUGAUGCAACUCGAUCAGGAGCUGCGCACGGCCAUGCAACAGCAGCAGCAGCAGCAACAGCAGCAGCAGCAACUCCAGGAGAAGGAGCAACUGCACACGAAGCUCAACAAUAAUAAUAACAACAAUAUUGCUGCCACCGCCAACAACAAUAACAACACCAUGGAGAGCAUCAAUCUGAUCGACGAUUCGGAAAUGGCGGACAUCAAGAUCAAGAGUGAGCCGCAGACAGCUCCUCCACCGCAGCAAUCCCCGCAUGGCAGCAGCCACAGCAGCCGGAGUGGGAGUGGCACUGGUAGCCACAGCAGCCUGGCCAGCGAUGGCAGCCUGCGACGCAAGUCCUCCGACUCCCUGGAUAGCCAUGGGGCACAGGAUGAGGCGCAGGACGAGGAGGAUGCGGCGGCCAAUCGCUCGGAGAGCCGGGCUCCCGAGGAACCCACCCAGCUGCCCACCAAAAAAGAGUCCGUGGACGACAUGCUCGACGAGGUGGAACUCCUGGGCCUGCACUCGCGCGGCUCCGAUCUGGAGAGCCUGGCCUCGCCCAGUCACUCGGACAUGAUGCUGCUGGACAACAGCAAGGACGAUGUCCUGGACGAGGACGACGACGAUGAUUGCGUGGAACAGAAGCGCGACUCCGGCAGCGGUAGUCUCAAGAAACCGGGCAUGGAUCUGAAACGAGCCCGUGUGGAGAACAUUGUCUCCGGAAUGCGAUGCAGUCCGUCCUCUGGCUUGGUCCAGGCUGGACAGCUCCAGGUGAAUGGCUGCAAGAAGCGCAAGCUCUACCAGCCACAGCAACACGCAAUGGAGCGAUAUGUGGCCGCCGCAGCUGGCCUGAACUUCGGCCUCAAUCUGCAGAGCAUGAUGCUCGACCAGGACGACAGUGAGUCCAACGAGCUGGAGUCUCCGCAAAUCCAGCAAAAACGCGUGGAGAAGAAUGCCCUCAAGUCGCAGCUGCGAUCCAUGCAGGAGCAGCUGGCGGAGAUGCAGCAGAAGUAUGUGCAGCUGUGCUCGCGCAUGGAGCAGGAAUCCGAGUGCCAGGAGCUCGAUCAGGAUCAGGAUGUCGAGCAGGAGCAGGAGCAGGAACAGGAGCCGGACAACGGCAGCAGCGAUCACAUCGAGCUUUCGCCCUCGCCCACUCUGACCGGAGAUGGAGACGUGAGUCCCGCCCACAAGGAGGAGGUCGGUCAGGAGCGACCUGGUUCCAGUUCGCCAUCACCUUCUCCUCUGAAACCCAAGACCUCGCUGGGCGAGAGCGGCGACUCCGGUGCCAAUAUGCUGUCCCAGAUGAUGAGCAAGAUGAUGUCCGGCAAGCUGCACAAUCCUCUGGUAGGCGUGGGCCAUCCCGCCCUGCCGCAAGGAUUCCCACCGCUGCUGCAGCACAUGGGCGAUAUGUCGCAUGCGGCGGCCAUGUACCAACAGUUCUUCUUCGAGCAGGAGGCGCGCAUGGCCAAGGAGGCCGCCGAGCAGCAGCAGCAGCAACAGCAGCAGCAGCAACAACAACAGCAGCAGCAGCAACAGCAACAGGAGCAGCAGCGACGAUUCGAGCAAGAGCAACAGGAGCAGCAGCGACGCAAGGAGGAGCAACAACAGCAGAUCCAGCGCCACCAGCAGCAGCUGCAACAAUUGCAACAGCAGCAAAUGGAGCAGCAACAUGUGGCGGUCACAGCGGCACCAAGGCCGCAGAUGCACCACCCGGCACCCGCCCGCCUGCCCACGCGAAUGGGCGGGGCAGCGGCUCACACCGCCCUCAAGUCGGAGCUGUCCGAGAAAUUCCAGAUGCUGCGCGCCAACAACAAUAGCUCGAUGAUGCGCAUGUCGGGAACGGACUUGGAAGGACUCGCCGAUGUGCUCAAGUCAGAGAUCACCACCUCGCUGUCCGCAUUGGUGGACACCAUUGUGACCCGGUUCGUCCAUCAACGGCGACUGUUCAGCAAGCAGGCGGAUUCCGUGACCGCGGCGGCCGAGCAACUGAACAAGGACCUGCUGCUCGCCUCCCAGAUCCUAGACCGGAAGUCGCCGCGCACCAAGGUGGCGGACAGGCCCCAGAACGGACCCACGCCCGCAACACAAUCAGGUAAUAAUGGUUCACUACUCCUAGCUAAUAGUCAAAUGCCCUCCCAAGCGCCUGUGUCGAGUGGUGGGUCGAAUGGGCAGCAGCAACAGCAGCAGCAGCAACAGAAUGCCCAGCAGCAACAUGCGAGUGCGCAGCAGCAGCAGCAACAACAGACACCACAGCAGCAACAACACCUGCAACAGCAGCAGCAGCAACAACAGCAAUCGCAUCCCCUGCUGCCGCCCAACUGCCAACAGCUGAUCUCCGCCCCCCGCCUAAAUGGCAGCCAGUUAUCCUUCGCCUCGCCCGCCGCUGCUGCAGCCGCUGCAAUGGGUCUGCAGAUGCACCAUGCCGCCGCAGCAGCAGCAAUGUCCGCCCAGCAGCAGCAGCAGCAGCAGCAGCAACAGUCGGUUGAUCCCAAUGCGAAUACUAACCCAAACAACGGGCCAGCUGGGCCGAACCCCACUAACAAUAGCUUAAGUACCCUUAAUAUACCGCCUCCUCACAUUCGUCCUUCGCCCACAGCGGCUGCCAUGUUCCAGGCGCCAAAGACGCCGCAGGGCAUGAAUCCGGUGGCCGCCGCCGCUUUGUACAACUCGAUGACCGGACCCUUCUGCCUGCCGCCCGAUCAGCAGCAGCAGCAGCAGACCGCCCAACAGCAGCAACAGUCCGCCCAGCAGCAGCAGCAGCAAAGUGUGCAACAGCAGACGCAACAGCAGCUGGAGCAGAACGAGGCGCUCAGCUUGGUGGUGACCCCGAAGAAGAAGCGCCACAAGGUGACCGACACCCGCAUCACGCCGCGCACCGUCAGCCGUAUUCUGGCCCAGGAUGGUGUGGUGCCGCCCACCGGAGGACCUCCAACCACGCCCCAGCAGCAGCAGCAACAACAGCAGCAGCAACAACAGCAACAGCAGCAACAACAGCAGCAACAGCAGGCAGCGAAUGGCGGCAAUAGCAAUGCCACGCCCGCCCAGAGUCCGACGAGGAGCAGUGGGGGAGGAGCCGCAUACCACCCACAACCGCCGCCACCACCACCACCCAUGAUGCCCGUGUCCUUGCCCACCUCCGUGGCCAUUCCCAAUCCCUCGCUGCACGAGUCCAAGGUCUUCUCGCCGUACUCGCCGUUCUUCAAUCCCCAUGCAGCCGCUGGCCAGCCCACGGCCGCUCAACUGCAUCAGCACCACCAGCAGCACCACCCGCACCACCAGCCCAUGCAGCUGUCCUCCAGUCCGCCGGGCAGUCUGGGCGCCCUCAUGGACUCCCGCGACUCGCCGCCGCUGCCCCACCCGCCGUCGAUGCUCCAUCCCGCCCUCCUGGCAGCCGCCCACCACGGUGGAUCGCCUGACUACAAGACCUGCCUGCGGGCCGUCAUGGACGCCCAGGAUCGCCAGUCCGAGUGCAACUCGGCCGACAUGCAGUUCGAUGGCAUGGCUCCUACUAUAUCCUUUUACAAGCAAAUGCAACUAAACACAGAACAGCACCAGGAGUCGCUGAUGGCCAAACAUUGCGAAUCCUUGACUCCUUUGCACUCUUCUACAUUGACACCGAUGCACCUGCGCAAGGCCAAGCUGAUGUUCUUCUGGGUGCGCUAUCCCAGCUCCGCGGUGCUCAAGAUGUACUUCCCGGACAUCAAGUUCAACAAGAACAACACAGCACAAUUGGUGAAAUGGUUCUCGAACUUCCGAGAAUUCUACUACAUACAAAUGGAGAAAUAUGCACGACAAGCUGUCACCGAAGGCAUCAAGACACCCGAUGAUCUGUUGAUUGCUGGAGAUAGUGAAUUGUAUCGCGUGCUCAAUUUGCACUACAAUCGCAAUAACCACAUUGAGGUACCCCAGAAUUUCCGCUUCGUGGUCGAAUCGACUCUGCGGGAGUUCUUCCGUGCAAUACAGGGUGGCAAAGACACCGAGCAGUCGUGGAAGAAGUCCAUAUACAAGAUCAUCUCGCGCAUGGACGAUCCCGUGCCCGAGUACUUCAAGUCGCCCAAUUUUUUAGAGCAGCUGGAAUAAGUGGAGGAGUUGGCGCUGCCGACGCUGCCGCUGCCGUUGCCGUUGCCGCAUCCGCUGGGAAUGCCACCGCCCAUCAGUCCGGCCUCCACCACCAUCUGCAGCAGCAGCAGCACCACCACCACUACGGGCACCAACUCCAGGGCCGGCAGCAGCCAUCCGAAGGCGAGGCGCAGGCCAAAGCUAAAAGGCUAAACCUGCGCAGGAAACACGACUGGAUAUGACCAACUCCCCAGCCAAAGAACAAAAAUCAGAAGAAAAAACGAACAAAUAGUAUCCACACACAGAGAAUAAUGAAGGGAACUUAGACAUAGCUGAGUGAGAAACACACACGAGUCGAUAACGCGUUUAGAAAACACACUGAGCAAAAUAUUUUUUCAAAAAUUUCCAAAAACCACACAAACUACACACCCAAAACAUCACACAACCUCAGCGAAAGAAGAGCGACAAGAUUAUGAAGAAAGUGGGCCAGGGAGAUCCUAAUCUCCCCGGCAAACAUUUAAACAAAACCAAAACUAUACAUAGAGCAGCAAGUCUUAAUCUAAUAAUGUGAAAUAGUGCAAAUUGAAAGAGAACCUGAGCCACACACCUGAGAACACCCCGUACACACCGAGCGUAAUUUACAGGCAGUGUAAACUGUACUCGCCGUUGGUUUGUUAGUUGAAAUUUUUUUGAAAAUAUUUACAGCAGAUUACGUAUACGUAUGAAUAUUUAACAAAUAGUUGAGCCGUCUAAUGAUCUACCGAAAGUUGACACACAUUCCACAGAAAAAAACAAAAAAAAA